AUGCAUCGCGCAGCUCGUCUCCUGCGCCCUCUCGGCGCAAGACUUGCCAGUACAGAUGCUUCGUCUACCAAGGAUAAGUUCAAAAUCCUCGUCAUAGGCGCAGGCACUGCCGGUAUCAGCAUCUCCAAUCAAAUAUUCAAUCGCUUCAAAUCUGCUGGCAAACCUCUUGCUGAUGGCGACGUCGCGAUCGUUGAUGCGGCUGAAUGGCAUCACUAUCAGCCGGGGUGGACACUUGUAGGUGCAGGGUUAAAGGACAAGUCAACUCUCCGUCGACCCCUUGCAUCGCUCGUACCAAAGCACAUCACCCAUGUUCCUGAGAACGUCAAGUCCUUCGAGCCCAGAUCCUCCUCCAUCACACUCGCCUCCGGGCGUACACUCGGCUACGACAUCCUCGUCGUCGCGACAGGGCUCCAGGUUAACUGGAACGGUAUCAAGGGGCUCUCACAAGCGCUUGCGGACCCGACGUCGGGCGUGUCAUCUAUAUACUCAUAUGACACGUGCGACAAGACGUGGAAGGACAUUGACGCGCUGCGAAAUGGAAAGGCUAUCUUUACACAGCCUGUAGGUGUUAUCAAAUGUGCCGGUGCACCACAAAAAAUCAUGAACAUGGCCUGGGACAGGUACCGCCGUACCCAACGCAGUGACACCAUCAAAGUCGAGUUCUGGACAGGCACACCAACCAUGUUCUCCGUCAAAAAAUACUCCGACGCACUCGAUAAACUCCGUCUCUCACGUGGCAUCCACGCCGAGUUCUCCACUAACCUCACUUCCAUCGACACCUCUAACCGUAUCGCUACGUUCAAACGCGCAGAUGGUUCGGAUGUAUCAACGGAUUAUUCAUUGUUACAUGCUGUACCCCCGAUGGGUCCGCUUGACUUUAUUAAGAAUAGCCCGAUUGCGGACCAGGCGGGGUGGGUGAGCGUUGAUGAUGCGACUCUGCAGCAUAAAAACCCGGAAUACGCAAACGUAUUUGCGAUUGGUGAUUGUUCGAGUUUGCCGACGAGUAAGACUGCUGCGGCUAUCACUGCUCAAGCACCUGUACUCUCAGAGAACGUCUUCUCACUUGUCGAUACUGGGAAAUUGAGCAAUGCGAAAUACGAUGGGUAUACGAGUUGUCCUCUACUAACUGACUACGGCUACCUAAUGCUCGCAGAGUUCAAAUACGGACUCGAACCCAAAGAAACCUUCGCCAGUAGGCUCGGUGACCAAGCAACACCCAGCAGACUAUACUACCACCUCAAGAAAGACUUCUUCCCAUGGAUCUACUUCGAAGCUAUGGUUAAGGGUGAUUGGUAUGGGACAAAUGGGAUGAUGCGGCCGACUUAUACGAAGUAAAUAAAGACUUUAAAAGAGGUUGGUUUGAGAUGGAGCUUGAGGAUGGAGGGGUGCUAUAAGAUGUACGCUUAUGUGACUUUGGGUUUGAAUAUUCAAGGCGGUAGUGUUGUCGGACAGAUGAUAGACUUUGCAGUGCACAGUGCACGUAACGUUCUUGAGUGAAAAAUGGAUGUCUUAAUAACGUACAAAUGGAUAAAAAAAGAUUC